UUUUUUUCAGAAUAAAACGACACCGCUGAGGGUUUGUUCGUUGAGAGGAUCAGAUGAUAGGAAGCUUAAUGGUAACUAUUCCAUCGCCAUGGAACCACCACCGCCUCCGCCUCCGCCCAACUCUACCCUUAAUCAAAUGUGAAAGUGGAGGAGUGCCACUAACAAAGCAAGGUCACCGCUUCCUCUCUUCAUUAGUAGCAAACGCUGGCGUUAACGACCACGCAACCGCUAACCGGUUGAUAAAGAAAUUCGUAGCAUCAUCGCCCAAGUCUGUUGCUUUGAAUGCGCUCUCUCAUCUUCUCUCUCCCCGCAACUCUCAACCUAACCUCGCCGCUCUCGCCUUCCCCUUGUACACUAAGAUAAGUGAAACAUCAUGGUACAAUUGGAACCCGAAGUUAGUUGCAGAUUUGAUUGCAUUGCUAUAUAAUCAUGGGAAUUACAAUGAAUCUGAAGGUUUAAUUUCUCAAGCCGUUUCAAAACUUAAGUUCCGAGAGCGAGAUCUUGUUCAGUUUUAUUGUAAUUUGAUUGAGUCUUGCUCCAAACAUGAGUCAAACCGAGGGUUUAAUGAUGCUUAUGGUUACUUGUCUGAACUUGUUGGUAAUUCUUCAUCUGUGUAUGUCAAACGCCAAGGUUAUAUAUCAAUGGUUGGUAGCUUAUGUGAAAUGGGUAGCCCUAAUGAAGCUGUGAAUGUUGUUGAAGAGAUGAGAAAAGAUGGGCUUAAGCCUUCAUUGUUUGAGUUUAGGUCUAUUUUAUAUGGGUAUGGGAAAUUGGGACUUUUUGAAGAUAUGGAGAGAAUGGUAUGUGCAAUGGAGAUUGAAGGAUUUGAAGUGGAUACAAUUUGUUCAAACAUGGUUCUUUCAUCAUAUGGGGGUUUUAAUGCACUUCCCAACAUGGUUCCUUGGCUGCAAAAAAUGAAGACUUUGCAAAUCCCUUUCUCUGUAAGGACUUAUAAUUCUGUCUUGAAUUCGUGUCCGGUGAUCAUGUCACUGGUACAAGGAUCGGAUGGUUUUCCGCUUUCACUCAGAGAGUUGGUCGAGGUUUUGACUGAGGAUGAAGCAUUGUUGGUAAAAGAAUUGGUUGAAUCAUCUUCAGUCUUGGAUGAGGCAAUGGAAUGGAAUGGUUUAGAGGCAAAAUUGGACUUGCAUGGUAUGCACCUGGGUUCAGCUUACUUGAUAAUGUUACAGUGGAUUGAGGAGAUGAAAUGCAGGUUUAAAGUUGAAGAAUGUGUGAUUCCAGCACAAAUUACUAUUGUUUGUGGAUCUGGAAAGCACAGUAGUGUUAGGGGAGAAUCUCCUGUGAAAACCCUGAUCAGAGAAAUGAUGGUUCAAAUGAAAAGUCCAAUGAAAAUUGAUAGGAAGAACAUUGGUUGCUUUAUAGCCAAAGGACAAGUUGUGAGGAAUUGGCUAUACCAGUUGUAGGAGAAUCAUUCAUU